CUUCGAGCGCGGCGGCGCAGGUUGCGAAAUGUCAGUAACAAGUUUCUGGUAAAAUCUCGCUGUGAAUUUGACCGAUUUCGUUUCGUUUGUUGUCCGGCAGUUUGGCAAGCCACAAUUUUUUUUUUGUGUGUGUGCCGUUUUUUUUUCAUAGUGUUUACGACGCGCAUGAAUUAGUGCGCGAUCGUUAUUGUUUAUUUGGAUUUACUGUUUGUGCUGCCGCCGCCGCCGCUGCCAGCGUCACCGUCUUAGCCGCCGUCGCUGCCACUGCGCAGACGUUGGGCGGUAUUUGUGGCAGCUCCACCCCAUUGAAAACAAGUGCAAUAUUAAUUAAGUAAUGACCGGUUCAAUCCAUAUAUGUACAUAUGCAAUACGUACAUAUGUACAUACAAAAAUAAAUGCAUAAAUGUAUGUAUAGAGUACAAACAGAUGCUAGGAAAAACCAACCGGACAAAUGACAAAUGAUGUUAUAACAGAAAAUAGCAAAAGCAACAUCAAAAUCUCGCACAUCUCCGGGUUUUACUGUACCUGAAAUAUGGACUGCGCAGCUCAACAACAGCAACAGCGGCAGCCGCAACAACAAGAAGAUUCACCAGCAGAGGCAGAACAGCAAACACAUGGACGAAGACGGCGGCGACAACAACAUACACAAAUGCAGCCGUCGCAUCCACACAUGUGGAUUGCAUUGAGCAUUUUGACAAUAUUUUGGCCGCAGUAUUCAAGCGGAGCCGAUCUGGUGAUUAAUGUGCCCAAUGCGAGCAUCAAUGACAAUGCUUUCUACAGGAUCGACUACAGUCCGCCGUUUGGGUACCCGGAACCGAACACUACGAUACCGGCCAGCGAAAUUGGCAAGGACAUCAAGUUCUCCCGUGCCCUGCCCGGCACAGAGUACAACUUUUGGCUGUACUACACAAACUCCACGCACCAGGAGCUGCUCACCUGGACGGUGAACAUAACAACGGCUCCCGAUCCGCCAGCGAGUCUGAGCGUGCAGUUGCGCUCCAGCAAGAGUGCAUUCAUCACAUGGAAGCCGCCAAGGAUGGGCAACUAUUCGGGUUUUCGCAUCAAGGUGCUGGGCCUCACCGAUAUGCCCUUCAAUCGAAGCUAUGCGCUGGACGACCGAGAGACGCUCCAGUUGUCGGCCAAGGAGCUGACACCGGGCGGCAGCUACCAAGUGCAGGCCUAUACCAUCUAUCAGGGCAAGGAGUCGGUGGCCUAUACGAGUCGCAACUUUACCACAAAGCCGAAUACGCCGGGAAAAUUCAUUGUGUGGUUCCGGAACGAGACGACGCUCCUGGUGCUGUGGCAGCCACCAUUCCCGGCUGGCAUCUACACACAUUACAAGGUCUCGAUCACGCCGGACGAUGCCAUCGAGAGUGUGCUGUAUGUGGAGCGGGAGGGCGAGCCGCCGGGUCCGGCGCAGGCGGCAUUCAAGGGCCUCGUACCUGGGCGGGAAUAUAACAUAUCGGUGCAGACGGUGUCCGAGGAUGAGACCUCGUCUGUGCCCACCACAGCUCGCUACCUCACAGUGCCGGAGCGUGUACUGAAUGUGACCUUUGACGAGGCCCACACCACCUCCAGCUCGUUCCGGGUGCGUUGGGAGCCACCGCGUACCUACAGCGAGUUCGAUGGCUACCAGGUGAUGUUGUCAACAUCGCGGCGUACCUUCAAUGUGCCCCGCACGGACGCCACUAGCGUUACCUUCGACUAUCCCGAUAUCCUGGAGCCGGGGCGCACCUACGAUGUGGUGGUGAAGACCAUUGCCGACAAUGUCAACUCGUGGCCGGCCACGGCAGUUGUGACGCUGCGUCCACGACCUGUCCGCACUCUGGGUGGUUUUCUAGACGAUCGCAGCAAUGCGCUGCACAUCUCGUGGGAACCGGCGGAGACGGGCAAACAGGAUGGGUAUCGAAUCAGAUACCAUGAGCAAACGAACGACAGUGAAGUGCAGAGCCAGUUUACAUUGCCAGCGCCGUCAGCGCUGGACACAGUGAUAGACACCGCACUCACAGAGUACACACUGGAGUCUCUGCAGGCGGGUAGACGCUAUCUAGUGGGUGUGCAGGCCCUCUCCAAUGGCAUCGCCUCGAAUGUCACAUACAUCACACGCUACACACGCCCUGCCGCGCCCAUUAUACAGGAGCUGCGCAGCAUACCCCUGGGCCUGAACAUCAGCUGGAAGAGCGAUGUGAAUUCACUGCAGGAUCGCUAUGAGGUGCACUAUCAGCGUAAUGGUACGCGCGAGGAGCGCACCAUAGCCACCAAUGAGACAGCGCUGACAAUCAACUAUCUGCAUGCGGGCUCUGGCUAUGAGAUCAAAGUGUAUGCCAUCAGCCAUGGCAUACGCAGUGAGCCGCACUCCUACUUCCAGGCAGUCUUUCCCAAGCCGCCGCUGAAUCUCACACUGCAGACGGUGCACACAAAUUUGGUGGUGCUACAUUGGCAGCCGCCGGAGGGUAGCGAUUUCAGCGAGUAUGUGGUGCGAUAUCGAACGGCUGCAUCGCCAUGGCAGCGGCUGGCCAAUGUCCAUGAGAGUCAUGCCCGCAUCGAGAAUAUGCACUACGGGGAGCGAUAUCUCAUCCAAGUGAACACCAUCAGCUUUGGGGUGGAGAGUCCGAGUCCAUUGGAGCUAAAUGUCACCAUGCCACCGCAUCCAGUGUCGAAUGUGGUGCCGCUGGUGGACUCUCGCAAUCUAACCCUUGAAUGGCCGCGUCCCGACGGACACAUCGAUUACUAUACCCUCAAGUGGUGGCCCACCGAUGAGGUGGAUCGCGUCGAAUACAAGAAUGUCACACAGCUGGAGGACUUGACAUCGCCCAGCGUACGCAUACCCAUUGAGGAUUUGUCACCGGGCAGACAAUACAAAUUUGAGGUUCAGGCCAGCUCCAAUGGCAUACGAUCGGGGAUCACGCAUCUCUCUACGCGCACCAUGCCCCUGAUCCAAUCGGAUGUGUUUAUUUCGAAUGCACGAGCAGGUGGCGGCGGGGAGCAGGGCGACAGCGAUGGCAGUGGCAGUGGCGAGGAGGAAAGCAUCACAGUGAGCUACACACCGACACCGCCAUCGAGCACACGUUUCGACAUCUAUCGCUUCUCGAUGGGCGAUCCUCAGAUCAAGGACAAGGAGAAGAUGGCCAACGAUACGGAGCGCAAGCUGACAUUCUCGGGUCUAUCGCCGGGACGUCUAUACAAUGUGACCGUGUGGACAGUGAGCGGUGGCGUGGCCAGUCUGCCCAUCCAGCGGCUGUACCGGCUCCAUCCGUUGCCGAUCAGCGAUCUGGAGGCCUCACAGGUGGCGGCACGCGAGAUCAGCCUACGCUGGACGGCCCCAGCGGGUGAGUUCACCGACUUUGAGCUGCAGUAUCUUAGCGCCGACGAGGAGGCACCACAGCUCCUGCAGAAUGUGACAAGGCUCACACAGAUUACUCUUCAUGGGCUACGACCCUACCACAAUUAUACCUUCACCGUGGUUGUGCGCUCCGGGAGCAGCAGCAGCAGCGGCAGUAGUACGGGGCCGCCCACUCUGAUGCGCAACAGUGCGCCGAUCUCGGCCAGCUAUCAGACACUGGCCGCAGCACCAGGCCGUGUGGAUUACUUCCAGCCCAGCGAUGUGCAGCCCGCUGAGGUGAGCUUCGUGUGGUUGCUGGAGGCGCGUGAGCAGCACGGACCCAUCGAUUAUUUUCGCAUCAGUUGCCAGAAUGUCGACGAUGCGGCGGAUGUUGUAGCCAGCCACGAAUUUCCCGCAAAUGCCACACGUGGGCGGAUCGAUAGUCUGGUGCCCGGCAACAAGUAUAUCUUUCGCAUUCAAGCGAAAUCCGCUUUGGGCUAUGGCGCCGAGCGUGAGCAUGUCCAGAUAAUGCCCAUUCUGGCGCCGCCUGUGCCAGGGCCGAAUGUGACGCCCCUGGAGGUGGGGCGGACAAGCAGCACCAUUGAGAUAAGCUACCGUCAGAGUUACUUCUCCAACGCCCAUGGGCUGGUGCGCUUCUACACCAUCAUUGUGGCGGAGGAUGUGGGCAAGAAUGCCUCCGGCCUGGAGAUGCCCAGCUGGCAGGAUGUGCAGUCUUAUACGGUGUGGUUGCCCUACCAGGCCAUCGAGCCUUACAAUCCUUUUGUCUUAGGGGCCGCGACGAAUGCGAAUGCAAGUGUCACCAGGAGGAGCAUGGGCAGUGGCUCACCCGUGGAGCGCUUUACGAUCGGAUCGGCAAACUGCGAUAAACAUCGAACGGGAUAUUGCAAUGGGCCAUUGCGUGCGGGCACCACAUACCGCAUCAAGGUGCGCGCCUUCACCGACGACGACAAGUUCACGGACACCGCAUACAGUGUGCCAAUCACAACGGAACGCAACCACACGCUUAUUGUUGUGAUCUCGAUCUCGCUUCUGUUCGUUGCCAUUCUUCUCGUGGCCUAUUGCCAGCGGCGCUGUCAUCAAAUUUGUCGCGCCUCCAAGUUGUCGCGGAUGCAGGACGAGCUGGCCGCUUUGCCCGAGGGCUAUGUGACACCCAAUCGGCCCAUUCAUGUGAAGGACUUUGGGGAGCACUUCCGCCUGAUGUCCGCCGACUCGGACUUUCGCUUCAGCGAGGAGUUUGAGGAGCUGAAGCAUGUGGGACGAGACCAGGCCUGCAGUUUCGCCAAUCUGCCGUGCAAUCGGCCAAAGAAUCGCUUCACCAACAUCCUGCCCUACGACCAUUCGCGCUUCAAGCUGCAACCGGUGGACGAUGACGAUGGCUCGGACUACAUAAAUGCCAACUACAUGCCCGGUCAUAAUUCGCCGCGGGAGUUUAUUGUCACCCAGGGGCCGUUGCAUUCGACGCGCGAGGAGUUCUGGCGCAUGUGCUGGGAGAGUAACUCGCGGGCCAUUGUCAUGUUGACGCGCUGCUUCGAGAAGGGGCGCGAGAAGUGCGAUCAGUAUUGGCCUGUCGAUCGUGUGGCCAUGUUCUAUGGCGACAUCAAAGUUCAACUGAUCAUCGAUACGCAUUUCCGGGAUUGGAGCAUAUCCGAGUUCAUGGUCUCCAGGAACUGCGAAUCACGGAUCAUGAGGCACUUCCAUUUUACCACUUGGCCAGAUUUUGGUGUGCCAGAACCGCCGCAGUCACUGGUGCGUUUUGUGCGCGCCUUUCGCGAUGCCAUCGGCACCGAUAUGCGCCCCAUUAUUGUCCACUGCAGCGCAGGUGUCGGUAGAUCGGGAACUUUUAUAGCCCUCGAUCGGAUACUGCAGCACAUCCACAAGUCCGACUAUGUGGACAUAUUUGGAAUUGUUUUUGCCAUGCGCAAGGAGCGCGUAUUUAUGGUGCAGACGGAACAGCAGUAUGUGUGCAUACAUCAGUGCUUGUUGGCGGUGCUCGAGGGGAAGGAGCAUCUGCUGGCCGAUUCUUUGGAGCUGCAUGCCAAUGAUGGCUACGAGGUGACUAAAAUUUACUUAGAGCGCCCGAAUCAGCAACUACAGCAGCAGCAGCAACCGCAAAUGAAGCCCAAAAUGGGAACCCUUGGAGCAGCCAUGGGAGUCAAGACUCUGCGUGCAUCACUAGCACUGGCCGAGGAGUUGGACCAGGAGCUGAUGGGAAAGCCGGAGGAGGAACACGCAAUGGCUGGAGUGUCACUAUCGAACAGUAGCAUUAAAUCGAAUGAAAAAGCUGAUAAGAAUGCAGAGGAAGACGAGGACGAUGAUGAUGAUGAUGACGAUGACGAUGAUGAUCAGCAGCCAUUGAACAAUGAGACGACAGCCACAUUGUCGACAGCCAGCAGUAGCAGUAUUAGUGAGAAUCAGGUGGAUCAUGACGAAAAGCAGCAGCAGCAGCACAAUCAGCGUGACCAGGGAAGAAUUUGUUCCAAGUCCGAAGCAGAGACCGAUGGAGAGACCGAUGACGAUGACGAGGACAAACAAGAUGGAGAUGGGGCCAAACGUCGCGAGGCUGACGAGGAUGGAUGGUGGUAGUGAUAAGAGAAAGGUUCGCUUUUAGAUGACGAGGGAAUCGCUGAGACGGGCAUCUAACGUUUGGCAAACACACACAGCGACGCAUCGAUAUAUACAUAUAUAUUAUAUAAAAUAGUAGCUAUUAGAUUUUUGUUCUUAGUGGUAGUUUCAUAUUUUUUAAGCAUAUCUCUACUUGUACGUAAAAAUUUGCCUGUGAUGUGCUGGAUGUGAUUUGUCUACAGCGGAAGGGAAAGGAGAAGUCAGAUAAGUCUGUCUGUCAUUGUGCUCACGCCGCUCCAUGCCGCCAAAACUAGAUAAAAACCACAAGAGCGUAACCUUAAGCUUCAGGUGUAACCGUUAUACCCCCCCUCAAUCGCGUCCCCUAGUUUGUCCUCCAAUACCCAGAUAUUGUGUAUAGUUUUUUUUUGUAAAUUUGUUCUGUCCUCCCUCCAUUUAUGAAACAGCAUCGAUCAAUGCUGUGCGACUAUUAUUAUAAUUAUUUGUAUUACCCCCAACCCCCACGCCUACGAACUAUGUAUGUAUGAUCAAUUAAUUGUGUUUAAUGUUUAUUAUUAUUAUUAUUAUGUAGCUUGGAUUCGUUUUAUCGUUAGAUUUUAGUCAGCAUUUAGUCAGAGAAAUGUUUUUAGCUCUAGCAGCAGUCUCCGGCCUGUGUGUGUCCUUCUGGCCAUAUGGUGUAUGUGUGUGUGUCCAUGUGCCAUAUAAGGAAUGGAAGCGAUCUAUUUGGGCCAGCAGGCAGACAGCAGGCAGCAGGAGCAGCAAUAGCU